AGGGAUUUGUAGUCCUCAGCGUAGGGAACGCCGCCGCGUGUUGGAGGCCUUUGCGGGAGUGAAACUACAGUUCCCUCAGAGCUGCUCGGAGGUGUUAGUUGUCAAUAUGGCUGUUGUCAGACAGACAAAGCAGAGAGGCAAAUAAUUCGCCUCUGAUUAGAAAUCCUUGGAAAAGGGUCGGACAGGGCACUGUUCCCAGCUGCUUUAUUGCUCGGCUGCAGUAAACGACACCGCGCCUCUUUGCUUCCGUUACAAAGUUAAAUGGUUAAGUGGACGAUUUGAAACCGAGCAGCAGCAGCAGCAGGAUGUCUGAGUUCAGCGAGGAGCCGCGCUUCACUAUUGAGCAGAUAGAUCUGCUGCAGCGGCUGCGUCGCACCGGCAUGACCAAGCAGGAGAUCCUGCAUGCGCUCGACACUCUGGACCGGCUGGACCGGGAGCACGGCGACAAGUUUGGCCGCCGCACCUCUUCCUCCUCCUCCUCCUCGUCCUCCUACGGCGUAGGCGGGGCCAACAGCUGCACCAACAACUCUGCCUCUAAUACUACUACUACCACGUCAUUCAACAAUAACAACACUGCCUCGGCAACCACCACCUCUUCAGCGUCAUGCAAUGGCGGCGCCAUCAACAGUGGCAGUGAGGGUGGAGCCGCCGAGCACGCUGCCGCUGCCGCCUCUUCAACGACCUCCAAAAUCUCCACAGCCACGCAGACGCAGUUCAACAGCGCCGGGGGGCUCUCGCUGUCUCCCAGCAACAGCUACGACACGUCCCCACCUCCAGGGCCGCCGCCGCCCUCUGCCAUCCUGCCGUCCCCGGUCUCACUGGUGGCCCUGACACAGAACGGCCGCGACAGUCUAGCUGCCACCCCCAACGGAAAACUGUCUCCGCCACGAUAUCCGGUGAACAGCGCUGCAGCGACGCGAGCGUUCGGGUUUGAAUCUACAGAGGAAGAUCUGGAUAUCGAUGAUAAGGUGGAGGAGCUGAUGAGGAGGGACAGCAGUCUGGUGAAAGAGGAGAUCAAAGCCUUCCUGGGGAACAGGAGGAUCUCUCAGGCAGUGGUGGCACAAGUUACCGGCAUCAGUCAGAGCAGGAUCUCCCAUUGGCUGCUGCAGCACGGCUCCGACCUGAGCGAGCAGAAGAAGAGGGCUUUCUACCGCUGGUACACGCUGGAGAAAACCACACCAGGUGCCACUCUGAACAUGCGACCAGCUCCGUUACCUCUGGAGGAAAUGGAGUGGAGGCAAACCCCGCCCCCCCUCACCACCGCCCCCGGAACCUUCCGCUUGCGUCGGGGAAGCCGCUUCACUUGGAGAAAAGAGUGCCUGGCUGUGAUGGAGAGCUACUUCAACGACAACCAGUAUCCAGAUGAGGCCAAAAGGGAGGAGAUAGCAAAUGCCUGCAAUGCUGUUAUUCAGAAACCAGGGAAGAAGCUGUCUGAUCUGGAGAGGGUCACUUCUCUGAAAGUUUACAACUGGUUUGCCAAUCGUCGCAAAGAGAUCAAGAGACGUGCCAACAUUGAAGCCACAAUCCUGGAGAGCCAUGGGAUAGACGUCCAGAGUCCAGGGGGACACUCCAACAGCGACGACAUCGACGGGAACGACUUCUCGGAGCAGGCCUGUGACCUCCCCUAUUUUGACAAAAGACCUCUCAGCCGACCUUUUGGCCUUUAUCGCCUGGAGCCCACCUCGCCCACACAGGACGACAGCGCAGCGCACAGCGAGCACCAGGACCCCAUCUCUCUGGCUGUGGAGAUGGCUGCCGUCAACCACACCAUCCUGGCCCUGUCCAGAACCGGAGGGGGGCCCAACGACAUCAAGACGGAGUCCCUGGAGGACGAAUGAACUGCACAGGACCUGGGAUGGAGGAAGGGGACGAGAGAAGGGGGAGUGUAAUAGAUGGAGUUGGGGGACUGAAAAGAGACCAAAGUAAUGCUACUUAGUAAAGCUUCAGCGUCUGCUCCUCAGCAUCUGCUCCUCAGCAUCUGCUCCUCAGCAUCUGCUCCUCAGCCAGCCCCUUACCAACUCUUCCUUCUCUCCUGGCCUCCCCCUUCCUCUCCCCUCCUCCAAGUAAUCCUUGUCAACAGUAAUUACCCCCAACCCCACCCCACCUUACUCCAUAUAUUGACACAGCUGGCAGAAAUGGGUGACUGUAGGCCCUGUGAUCUCUGUGGAAAUGAUCCACAGAAGAAAAGGCGGCUCCCGCAAACCCCUCUAAACGGCGGCUCUUGUCCGGGAGUGUGAACUCUCUCUUCCCUUCAGUACAGGAUACCUCUUCUUUCCUUACCUCGUCCUUGCUCCCCUUCUACUUCCCUCUCCAGCCUGGUCGUCUGAGCCGAUCCUCAGUCUAUCUCACCUCAACGUCAACCUCAGAAAAGUAAUGUGUACUGUAUAUAUAUUAUAUACAUGUUUUAUACAUAUAUAUGUAUAUACAUAUAUAUGUAUAUGGUUCUUAUGGUUCUCAGUCUCACUCACCUCAUGGUGUGCUACCUAUCUACCUACUUACCUGACCCUCAGAUUCACCUUAUCAUUGUGCAAUUCAUCAGAAGAGCAACCUCUGGCCUAACAUCUCGGGAAAAAUGGAAGGAAGUCAGCAAAAAUGAUAUCAGAGCUGCGCCGGCACUUUUGUCCUCUGUCCAUUCCUCAGUAGAAUAAAUGGCUUUUGGUUUCCUUGCAGUAGAGCUGCUAGGUUGGAUAGAAAUGUAUCUGAACUUUCUGUAGUAGCCUUACGUUCACGCAGACAGCCGUUGUUUUUUGCAGUACAAGCAGGUUUUCAUACAACAGGGAUGGGGACUGUGAAUCACUGCACUAAGAAACAUGUUCAGCACACACUGACAAUGGCAAACGGUAUCAAGGUUUCUAUCCAGCAGCAGCAGCAGUGAUUCGAGGUUCCUUACUUGCUCUUCCUCUGGUUCUAGGCCAAACAGCAACUGGACUUAGUCAUUUCUGCUCCCUGUGACACUAUUGUUAAGUACUAAAGACUAUGAGGAUCAAGUUACGGUCAGUGUGAUAAUCGAGCAAACUUUGUAAGCUAUCUAAUAAGACGAGUUAUGCUUUGUUUGAAACGUCAUCCAUGCCAAAGGAAAAGAGAGACGCUAAGCUAAUACUGAUCUGAAAACAGUGUUAAAGUCCAUCCAAAGUUAUUUAUACCAACUCCUUUGGCCUACGCAGGUUUAUUUCUUGACUCAGUAUAGGCUUGACACUACAGCAGGCCUGUGUCAGUAAAGGUAGGUAUUAGCGGCCAGGCAUACAAUGAUAAAAUACCCUGAAGCUUUUUACUACUUCUGUGACGCUGCCUCGUUAUAAUAGUAAUGUGCUUUUUCUAAUAUCAGAGAGCUCAAACUAGAUCAACUCCACAGUGAAAAUGGUUACAAAUAUCAGAAACAUGUUCGAGGCUUCUUUCAUCUCUGUAGCUUCGGAGAAAAACUUGCCAUCUCAAAGGGAAUCGGAGUCACUGACUACUAAAGAGGUGAUUUUUCUUUUUUGCCCUGAUGGAAGGAUCUCCAAAACCAUCUCUUACUGAAUAUCACUAUGUUGUGAGGUGGGUUGUUCUUAUUCAUUGCUGUGGGACUCGACUGUUUAUUUUCUGUAUUAUUUUUUUAAAGCAGUUAUUUCUGUAUGCCAGAUAUGUGCUAGCACAAAGUGGAGCUAGAAACUAGGUUUGCUCAGCUUAGCCACAGGACAGAAGCAUUAAGGCCAGCUUUGUCUAACGGGGACAAACCAAAUGUCUAAAGCUUAUUCUUGAACAUGUGACAUUUAUUGCGGCUUUUCUCUGUGAAAACUAGCGUUAGCAUUGACUGUUAGCUUAAAACAUAAAAGAAUUUUUGUAUUUAUUUAUUUUUUAAGUUUUUUCAUGAUUUAUGUGUUUAAUCAGUAAAAAACGUCAACCAAGUGCACCUUUUUUCCCUUUUGUAAAAAGCCUGACUCUCUGCUAAGCUAAGUUAAGCUAGCUUCUAGCAUUAGCUCCGUACAGUCGUGACGAUAAUUUUUUAAUUACAUUCCCCACGAAGUCAGAGUCCCUGCCUUAGCGAUGGUUUUGGAGAAAGAAAAGAAUAUUCUACGAAGCGGGAUUAAACAAAACAGUCUGCCAGAAAUUUAAUGCCAGUCCUCAAGUUUGUGAUAGUUUGAUUUGGCUGUUGGUGUACAAGCAGGAACCAGACAUUAACCGCAGUAUUAAACCUGUGAGCUUAUUUGGUGCAUGAUCACCAACUUCCAAUCCUUAGCUGUAGUCUAGUAAAGCUUGAUUUAAUUGUACUGCUUCAGUAAGUUCAAAGCUGCAAUACAGUGACUCUCAACUGGGACCUGUGUUUGAAAAAGAAAGAGCUCAAAGCUAAAACAGUAUGUAUUUAUACUCAUUUUUAUGGUAUUGUACAAAAACAAAUAAUGUUUUGAAAUGAAUCAUGCUUUUUUUUCUAACUAUUUUUCUCUUUUUUUUAAAUUCUCAUUAUUUGAUUGUUUUGCUCAUCCCUUAUUUGACUGAACAGCAGUCUCCCCGUUUGUAUUGGACAUAGUAAGCUACUUUAUGAAAAGUAAACCAUGAUGCACCUUAAUGAAAAAUAGUAUUAACUAAAAUUAGUAUUUAACUAAGUAUUGAUGUUAACUAAACUUUAAAUGUAACCUUUAACAAAAAGUCCAAUUUCCAAUAUAUGAUGGGGAAAGAAGAGAAAUUCCAGUAGAGCUGCUUCAUGUCAUUCUAAACUAAAGCCCCAGUAUGUGCCAGUCUCUUUGGUAAAUAGCACCACACCAAACUCCCUGGUAAAAUCUCCAGUUUCUGAUUUGAACAAGAGCACAAGCGUGUAAACCGUGCACCCGUUUUUGACUCGGACAGAUUGAAGCAUUCAUUCGUGAACUGAGAGCCUGUCUCUUUAAACUACUUGAAAUUAACACUUUUUUUUUCCUUCUAAAGAUUUUUGGGGGGAGUUUGGUGUGAUGUUCCCCUACAAAACAUGCUGCGUGUUAGAACUGGUGAAAUUGGCAUGCAUUCAGAGAUUAUUCCCACUAUGAGACACUUUUUAAAUGAACUGCCUUUGACUUUGAGAGAUGCCGUGGCCCAGUUAGCAAGUACAAGUUUUAAUCCGCUAGUAUUUUUGCAUGAACGUUGAAGCUUGACAGAAAAGUUCAUGGGGUGGAUGAAAGAACCCUCAGGUGCUCACAAAGUAGAUUGUGCUAUUUUUCCUUUUUUUUUUCCAGAAGAAAACUGGAACCCAACUCGAGCGUGACACGGGCACUUCCCCACUCGCUGUCAUGCAUACUCAGUGGUAGUGCUUGCUUUGAAGGGGCGUCCUCUCUCGUGGUUGUCAGGGUCAACAUGCCUACGUGUCCUUCUGUGUCCCCUAGUGCAACACCAUCCACUUCAUCCCAGUAUAGCUCAGAAAAAGAGGACUGAAUGCUGUUGUAUCAAUCUCAAAUCUAGUUACGUUCAAAAUUACUGUAUUGCCCAUUUCAGAAUUUAGUGCCUUUUUUGGACAGUAGACUGUUCUGUAAUUAAGAUGUAGUAUAUAUACAUUUUUUGUACAGUUUCUUUGUUCAUUUUUUUUAACUUGUGUUUAUUUUAGUAUGAUAUAUAUAUAUAUAUAUAAAUAUAUAUAAUGUACAAGAGAAUA